UCUGAGCAACAAUUGUAUGAUUUAAGCAGUGAAGAGCUUAAGUUAAAGGGAAACGAGCAUUACAAAAAAAUGGAAUUUUUAGAGGCCUUGUCUUUUUAUGAAUUUGCCAUUCAGAAAGAUCCCACAAAUGCCAUAUUCUGGGCUAAUAAAGCCAUGGCUAACUUGAAGCUUAAACGAUUCACCGAGACCAUAAGUGAUUGUUCAAUGGCACUGAAGUUGAAGCCAAACUACACUAAAGCAUACGCCAGACGCGCCUCCGCUUAUUUGGAAACUGGUUGCUUCCAGUCAGCUAUCCAAGAUGUAAGGGCAGUACUUCUAGUUGAACCUAACAACAAAGUGGCCAAACAAUUGCUUAAACAAUGUCAGUCUCAAAUUCAUAAAUUUUCUGAAUCCGAUAAUAGAAGUCUUAAAGAAUCAGUCCCUAAUUCUUGUAGUAAAGGCUUAGCAGUUAAUCCUAUCGACGGCCCUCUCACUGACAGCGUCUCGCACCCUGAGCCGCUGGCUUCUAGUUCUACUUUGUCUUCCACAAUCACUGUGCCUGAAUCCGUGCCAGCCGAAGCUCCUGCAAAUGCCUUUGAAUUUCAAAAAAUGUGGGCUCAUUUAAGUCGCUCUCGAGAUCUCACUUCACUUCACCAAUUCUUUAAACUUAUAGACCCUGAGAAGUACCCGAUAUUGAUUUCUAAUGGGCUCACAGGCGACAUGCUGUCUAGCAUCGUAGAAAUACUAUACUCUUUUUUUGAGAGAAGUGAUUCGACGAUAGGCAAAAUGUUACGGUCUUUGUCUAAAGUUAAACGCUUUUCCAUAGUUGUGAACUUUUUAAGAGAAGAUUCGAAUAAAAAGUUGGUUGCGAUCUUAGACGAAAUGGAAAAAUCAAAUGCCCUUAGUUUAGAAGAAAAAAGGGAGUUAUGCAAACUGUACAAAAUUUAA